GAGAAGGACAGCGGCAGCUCAUUUUCCACUUCUUGUAUUACCGAGUACUUGUAUUCCCUACGAUAUUACUAUGGGCAAUUCUCAAGGUCAGCGGAGAUACUGAGAUCUUGUUACUCCCCUUGCCAACUCGUUACCCGCGUUCCAUUACCGCAUCCAAAUUCCCAAAUGUCUUUUGAUUUUGAGUAUAUAUACAUCCCUUCUCCGGGGGAGGGGCUUUUCCCAUUUAACCUGAAGAAAAGUACAUAACAUUAUUAAAUAACAUUAGCUGGCUUCUUCUUUUUUCCUUUUCCGGCCUUCUUCCUUUUUCAUCUUUUUGUUGCUGUCCAAAUUUGUGGAAAUGAUGGUAAAUCCAUGAUCUCCCGUCCGCAGAAUGGCAUCGUGUGGCAAGUUGAUGGACCUCAGAGCUAACAACGGGCAAAAAUCAUACCUUUUCGUCGUGUAACGAUCAUUGUGUACGGACCUUGACACCCACGUCACAACAAAAUUGAACAUCAUCUCGCUGCUAUGUUGCGUGUAUAAUCGCAGCAAAACAGCAAAAAAGCAAAAAACCCUAACCGAAGCACCAUCGUUUAGCCGCGCACUUCACACUCGACAUUUACAUGUUACAUAUAAUGCUCGUCGCCGCCAGAGUAUAACACGUAUCUCAACCACACACAAUCACAACCACCGUCGCUCCUCCUCUGGUGGUCUACUGUCUCUACCACACCAUAAACACCGAAACCCAAAAGACGUGAUCGGACACCGACCUUCGCUCCACCAUGCCUCUCAUAAACCCAGCACGACUGUUUCGGGUCCAUCGAGACCCCCCAAAACCACGACGACCGUUCGACAUAGACAAUUACCUCAACCCUUUUAUCCCGCAGAACCCGUUGCGCUUCUUCCCGUCAUGGUUCUCUCACUGGUUCGGGUACCGUGCGCCGCGCGCCUCCUCGGCGGGCCAGAAGCCUCCACAACCUCACUCGCCGUUCCACACACUGUCACUGUACCUUUCCGUCAUGCUCGGGGCGUUCUGUGGGGUGGCCAUCAUCGAAAACGUGUUUUUGGCCCUGCCCACGCUGUCGGGCCACGCCGCGCCCAUCAUCAUAGCCUCGUUCGGCGCCGCCGCGAUCCUGGAGUACAACACGAUAGAAUCGCCACUCGCCCAGCCCCGGAAUCUGGUGGUGGGUCAUUUCCUCUCCGCCGUGGUGGCGGUGGGCAUCACCAAACUCUUCGAGCACCUGCCCCCCGACCGGUUCGAGGAGCUGAGGUGGCUCGCGGGCGCCCUGGCCGUGGGGGCCGCCAGCGCGGUCAUGAGUCUGACAAAGACGGUCCACCCUCCGGCCGGGGCGACGGCCCUCUUGGCCGCGACCAACGUCGAGAUCCAAGAGCUCGGGUGGUGGUUGUUGCCGCUGGUGCUGCUCGCGGCGAUGCUCAUGCUCGCCAGUGCGUUGUUGUUGAACAACGUCUUUGACCGUCGUUUCCCCGUCUACUGGUGGACCCCUGUCGAUCUGAGCGCUCUGAGGGAAGAGAGAAGACAAGAAAAGAUCAAGACCGCGUCGGACGACGUGGAGAGAGGGAGCGCACGUGGCGGUCCCGUCACGAACGGAAGUGAGGGGAUCAGUGAUGCGGACACCGAGGCGGAAUCCAACGAGGCGGCGGUGGCGGCCCCGGAAAUUUUGGACAAGGUCACCACCAGAAUGUCCAGAUCGGUUUCGAUUUCGAGGGCGAGCAGAGUGCCUCACCUUGUCGUGAGGGGGAAACCCAGUCACGCCACCAGAAAAGACACAGAGGGAGAAGAUGAGGACGAAGACGACAGAAUCAUCAUCACCCCCAGAAACAUCAUCGUACCGGAUUGGUUCGAGGUGAACGAUUGGGAGGAUGAGGUUUUGCGGAUUUUGAUGGACAGGUUGAGGACCAGAGCGAGUGAGUCUUAGAAAGACUUUUGUUUUUUUGGUUUUUGGUUCGGGGGUUUUUUUUGGGUCUCUUCACAUGGCAAGGCAUGGCGUAGCACAACAUAAAAAGCGUGCACAUAUAUAUACCUGUUUUGGUUAAAAAAUCGUCAGGCGUGUUUGGACGAAGAGAAAAAUCACACCCCAUUGACCUUUCGAAUAAGUCCGUCAAUCACUUGCGACGAUAGGUUCAUGACAAAGUUGGAAAAAAGACCCAACCAAAAAAAAGGAGGUUGAUUCAAUCUGCUCUUAUUGAGAUUCGACCGUGGUUACCAUUUGCCCGAAGACACGAAAACCACAAGACAACCAAAAAAAAAUUGACGACGCCAUCAAUCAUAAAAUUGUGACAAGCCAAAAACUGCGCGAAUGAGAGCCCCGGAGGACGCUCAAUGGCGACGGUCCUAACCGCGCUGUGCAAUGCAGGGACAUCACCAUAGCAUAAAACCCCAUUCUUGAUCGGAGCAUGCUUCCACAAGGUAAGUAUGAGAAGAGAAUUUGACGUGUCCAAACCAUAAACCCGG